CCAUCAAUUAUCUAUGAUCUCGCUACGGAUUGGGUCUAGCUCUAACUUCCUGACGUCACCUUAUCCCGAGCCUAAGGCAAAUAAACAUCGAAGAAGUAAGAAGCUGUACUAUUCACGUACAUGUUACGUCGUACCUAUGGCGGAAUGGCCGUCAUUCGUCUCCAACCGGAGAAUUUACCGUUGAGAGCUACCUCUUGGCAGCAGGUGAGGUUAAAUGAAGAGUAAAGAAGCGGAAGGGCUUUGCUGACAGGUGGUGAAGAUAUUUUAUUUUCUGGCUAAAACAGAAGAAAUGGACGACAACAAAACGGUGCUGGUUGAGAGCCUUAUUAUAUGGCUGCAGACCUUUAACACCGCUGCCCCCUGCAGAACAGUGGAGGAGCUGACCACGGGAGUGGCAAUAUCACAGGCACUGCAUCAGAUAGACCCAGCAUGGUUCAGUGAUGGAUGGCUUGGUCGUAUCAAAACAGAUGUUGAGGGCAACUGGAGAUUGAAGAUGAACAACCUGAAGAAGGUCCUUCAGAUGGUGGUUGAUUAUUAUAAUGAGGUCUUAGGCCAGGAGAUCUCAGACUUCCCCUUGCCAGAUCUGGCCGUGGUGGCGGAGCAUUCGCACCCUGUAGAGCUUGGGAGGCUGCUGCAGCUCGUACUGGGGUGUGCUGUCAGAUGUGAGCGUAAACAAGAAUACAUUCAGAUCAUCAUGACCCUGGAGGAGUCUGUGCAGCAUGUUGUCAUGACAGCUAUUCAAGAGCUGAUGAGAAAAGAGACCAUGGCUCCAUGUGGUACAGAGUUGUCAGGAGACCUGGAACAGCAGCUAAAAAAAGCCCUGGAAGACCUCGCUGAACUUGUAGCAGAGAAGGAAGCAUUAGCCCAACGCUGUCAAGAGCUGGACAUGCAGGUGGCUGUUCUUCAAGAGGAGCGGAACAGCCUAUUAGCUGAGAAUGACGUCCUGACAGACCGAGCCAAUCAGCUCGACACAUUUGACAACCCCAGCACACCCUCAGGAAGAAAACACAGCCAGUUACAGCUACAGCUGGAGACGCUACAAGAGGAGAACUUCAGGCUGGAGGCUGCUAAGGAUGACUACCGCAUCCACUGUGAGGAGUUGGAGAAGCAGCUGAUUGAGGUUCAGCACCGUAAUGAUGAGCUCACCAGCCUGGCAGAAGAAUCACGAGCUCUCAGAGAUGAAAUGGAUGUCCUGAGGAACUGCUCAGAUCGGGUGGUGAUGCUGGAGGCCUCAGUGGAAACGUACAAGCGUAAACUGGAGAACCUGGGUCAUCUGAAGAGGCAGAUGAAGCUGCUGGAGGAGAAUAACAUGACAUACAUGCACAACACCGUCAGCUUGGAGGAAGAGCUGCGCAAGGCCAAUGCUGCUCGUGCGCAGCUCGAGACUUAUAAGAGACAGGUCCGAGAGCUACACAGGAAGUUGUCUGAGGAGACGAGGCGAGCAGACAACCUGGCCUUUGAGAUGAAGAAGUUGGAGGAGAAGCAUGAAACUGUGAUGAAAGAGAAAGAGAGGAUCAUCAUUGAGAGAGAUUCUCUGAAGGAGAUCAAUGAGGAGUUGCGAUGCACUCAGGUUCAACAACACCAGCUCUUCCAAGCAGGGAUGCUUCCUUCUGGCAGCCCCAGCCAUGAUAACCUGGCCGCUGAAUUAAUUCCAAUUGAGCACAGAGAAAAGUUCAUCAGGCUCCAGCAUGAGAACAAGAUGCUGAGAGUGCAGCAGGAGGAGUAUGAGAGGGAGAAGAUCACUGCUCUGCAGGCCCAGCUGGAGGACGCACAUAAGACAUGCAGUGAACUGGACACUGAGAACAGAUUGAGUCGAGAGCGGGUCAGUGAGUUGCAGCUGCAGGUCGAGGACCUCCAGAAAGCUCUGCAGAAUCAAGCAGCCAAACCUGAUGAUUCAACCCUGAAGCGCAAACUUGAUGCACACAUGGUGCAGCUGAAUGAGGCUCAGGAUGAAAUCAUGAAGAAGAAAGAGCUGCUGGAGGACCUUCAGCCUGACAACACUCAAACCUCCUUGAAGGUAGAUGAGCUGAUGGCCACUCUGAAGAAGAAAGAUGACGACAUGCGAGCCAUGGAAGAGAGAUACAAAAUGUACCUGGAGAAAGCUCGCAAUGUGAUCCGAGCAUUGGACCCCAAACUGAAUCCAGCCACUGCUGAGAUCCAGGCUCUGAAGAACCAGCUGGCAGACCGGGACAAGCAGAUUCUCAACCUGGAACGUCAGUGUGAGCAGGCCAAGUUGAGAGAGUAUGAGGAGCAGCUGAUUGUCACAGCUUGGUAUAACACGGGUCUGAACUUCCAGAAGCUGGCCUUUGAAUCCCGCCUUGGUGGCCUCAGCUCUCCUCUGCUGGCUCCUGGCCAGUCUUUCUUGUCCCAGCAGCGGCAGGUUUCAAAUGCCCCCCGCCGGGCGCUCUCCAUCAGCAUGCCUGCUACUGCCUCUAAGUAGAUCCUGUCACAGAGCCAAGUUCAGUUAUGGAUAAAAAUACCCUCCCACAGGUGACCACUCAAGUGACCUUAAACACAUCUGCUCUCAGCACUCGGGAGGACUGGGGGUCACAGAUGAGCCGAUUGGGAUCAGUGAGCACUUUAUCAAACACAGACCAAGAAGCCACCCAACUGAAGCACACAUGGUCUCAACGAUAUACUUUGAACAUGUUUCCAUUCUGCCCUGUGUGUUUGCUAUGACUGCAGGCUCAGCUGAGUUCUUGCUGUAAUCAGUUUAGUCUUUGCUCUCUUAUACCUCUAAUGGUGUGGUCAGGAGUGACAGAGCUGUAAAUGAAUGCUUAACAGUUUUAAGAAUCAGAGCCCUUAAGGGUUACUUGAAUGCUAACACUAACUAAAUGAAACUUCAGAUUGCUGAAGUAUGUACAACUGUGUCAUCUUACUACUGUCCUACUGAUGAAACAUGCUUUAGAUGUAUUUGAGAAAAUGAUUACUGUAUUUGGUGCUGGCUACCAACGAUGUUUAACUAUACUUUGUUUGUUUGUUUGUUUUUACUGAAAUGGAGCAAGCCCCAUCAUAUAAAGCAGUGUGUGUGUGUGUGUGUUUGUG